AUGAAUCAAUUAAAUAGUAAUAUUGAUGUAAACUCUUAUGAAAUAAAAGAAUGCUUAUAUUGUAGAGUGUUAAAGUUAAUUGAUGAAUUCAUGAGGGUUUAUGAUACAAAGAAAGAUCCAUUUGCAAGCUACAAUUACUGUUCUGAACAAAGAAACAAGACUCAACAAGUAAAAGUUCAAUUAAUAAAGAUAUGA